CAAGACCCAUUCCUUCUGCCUCCUCAGCUCUCCCUAGAGUCACAGUGUCCCAACUGGGACAGCCCCGUGAGCUCCAAAACCCUGGAAGACAAGGAAGGCCCGUGGGGAGGGGACUCUGGCCUGCCACCCACAGGCUGCCUCCCCGGCCCCUGGCGUCAGGACGUGGGCUUGGACUGCAAAGGCUCCCCCGAGGGGGCCACAGCCCGGGUCUGGACGGCUUACUAUUACAGUCUCCUGCAAAGCUGUCUGCAGCAUGCUGGCCUUCCGGAGACCCAGGACCGCAGCCAGGUGCCCCGCACAGGUUGCCCUGGGGCAGAGGUGACCCUGUGCAUUUUGGGAUCCCCCAGCACAUUCCUGUCAGUGCUGCUGGAGGGUGGGGUCCAGAGUCCGGGAAACAUGUUCCUGUGCCUGUCCCCUGCUUGGCUGACGAAGGUGCCAGCUACUGGGCAACCAGGCGAGGCAGCCCUGCUGGUCUCCAAGGCUGUGAGCUUCUACCCGGGGGGUCUGACUUUUCUGGAUGACUUUGUGCCCCCCCGCCGGGUCACAUACUUCCUGGCAGGCCUGGGGCCAGGGCUUGGCUGGGGACGACGAGAGGCGGCAGAGCUGGCCCGUGACCUGGCUUGCCCCACGGGUGCUUCAGCUGAGCUGGCCCGGCUGCUGGAGGACCGCCUGUUGACCAGGCGGUUGCUGGCCCGGCAGGGGUGUGUGACCGUGCCAGCUACCCUGGCCUUCACCUACAAGCCGCAAGAGCUGCUGCCGGGUGGGGAGGUCAUUUCAGGCCUGAGGCUGGUGGAGAUGAGUAGCAAAGAAGGCCAGGAGGCUGUCGUGAAGGAAGAAGUAGAAGCCUUCCUACAAUCGGAGGCCCUCGGGGACUCCCGGCAGGUGGCUGUGAAGCCCAGUGGCUGGCGCUGGAGGGGGCGUCAGGCAUUAUUACAUCUGCACCCGAGGGUGGAGCUGGGUGCAGUGGUGGACACGGUAUUGGCCUUGCUAGAGAAGCUGGAGGAGGAGGAGAGUGUCCUGGUGGAGGCUGUGUGCCCACCUGUCCAGCUGCCCAACCCAGGCAGUCCCCUGCCCAGCUGUGAGCUGGCUGUUCGAAUCUGUGCGGUGGUGUGCUGCACACAGGGCGACAGACCCUUGCUGAGCAAGGUGGUGUGCACCUUGGGCCGUGGGGACCGGCCGCUACUUCGGCACCACAGUUCCCUGCCGCAGACGCUGGAGAUGGCGCUGGCCCAGUGCGGUCUGGGCGAAGUGUCACAGGUGGAGGCCGUGCGGCAGCGCGUCAAGGCGGCGGCUGAGGCCGCGCUGGCCGCCGUGUUGGCCCUGGAGGCUGGUCUGAGCGCCGAGCAGCGCGGCGGCCGUCGGGUCCGCACAGACGUGCUGGGCGUGGACUUUGCGCUGACGGUGAUCGGUCGCUCGCUGACCCCCGUGGUCCUGGAGCUGAACAGCGGCCUGUGCCUAGAGGCGUGCGGUGCGCUCGAGAGGCUGUGGGCCGCGCCACGCAUGGAGCCGGAGGCCCAGGCGGUGGCGGCACCGCUAGUGGAAACUAUGCUCUGGCGCUCGGCGCGCGGCCUCAUGGAGGGCAAACAGCUGCUGCUGAUCGGCGCCGGUGGUGUCAGCAAGAAGUUCGUCUGGGACGCGGCGCGUGACUACGGGCUCAAGCUACACUUAGUGGAGUCGGACCCCAACCACUUCGCCUCCCAGCUGGUGCAUACCUUCAUCCACUUUGAUGUGACUGAGCACCGCAGGGAUGAGGAGAACGCGCGUCUCCUGGCGGAGCUAGUGAGGGCCCGGGGUCUACAACUUGACGGCUGCUUCUCCUAUUGGGACGAUUGCUUGGUGCUCACGGCGUUGCUCUGCCAGGAACUGGGACUACCGUGCAGCCCACCGGCAGCCAUGCGUCUGGCAAAACAGAAAAGCUGCACCCAGUUGCACCUCCUGGGCCUCCAAGGUCCGCCCUGGCCCGCGCCCUCCCUGCAUGCCGUGCCCUGCUGCCCGUUGGAGAACGAGGCAGACGUACAGCGGGCCAUCCACCAGGUGCCCCUGCCUGGCGUCAUGAAGCUGGAGUUCGGGGCUGGUGCUGUGGGCGUGCGGUUCGUGGAGGAUGCGCUGCAGUGUGACGAGCACUUUAAACGGAUCGCCCGGGAUCUGCAGGGCGAGGCUGACCACCCCGGCAUUGGGCUGGGCUGGGGCAACGCCAUGCUGCUGAUGGAGUUUGUGGAGGGCACAGAGCACGAUGUGGACCUGGUGCUGUUUGGCGGGCAGCUACUGGCCGCUUUUGUCUCUGACAACGGCCCCACGCGGUUGCCCGGCUUCACUGAGACGGCGGCCUGCAUGCCGACCGGGCUGGCGCGUGAGCAGGAGGCUCAGCUGGUGCAGGCGGCCUUCCGCUGCUGCCUGGGCUGCGGGCUGCUGGAUGGCGUCUUCAACGUGGAGCUCAAGCUGACCCAGGCUGGACCGAGGCUCAUUGAGAUCAACCCCCGCAUGGGCGGCUUCUACCUUCGGGACUGGAUCCUAGAACUAUACGGUGUGGAUCUGCUCCUAGCUGCUGCCAUGGUGGCCUGCGGCUUGCGGCCUGCGCUACCUGCCCACCCACGUGCUCGAGGCUACCUGGUGGGUGUCAUGUGCUUGGUAUCCCAGCACUUGCAGGCCCUGAACUCCACCGCCAGUCUGGGGGUGCUGCAGACCCUUCAUGACCAGGGUGUGCUGCGUCUCAACGUGCUGGGGGAGGCCUUGGUGCCAGGAGAGUAUGAGGAGCCCUACUGCAAUGUGGCCUGUGCUGGGUCCAGCCCCGCUGAGGCCCGCAUGCGCUUGCUGGGCCUCUGCCAGGGCCUGGGCAUUGAUGGACCCCACUACCCUGUCGCCCACUUCCUGUCCCAUUUCAAAUAG